AUGCCUAUAACUCGAUCUGCUAAUCGAGAAAUAUUGCCAUACGAUCCAGAAAUAGAAAGAACUCUACGCAACUUAAGAAAACAAGCUCGUAGGAAAUUAGAGUUUAGUGCACUGGCUACUGAUUUCCCAUCUUCCUCACAUUCUGAUUUAGAAGAAAAACCAAUGGCUCAAAAUCGGACUUUGAAAGAACUUGGAGCUCCAAAUUUAGAUCAACAACCUUUAUGCAUUACGUUUCCUGCUUUAGAUGCUAAUGUACAAUUUGAAUUAAAAUCUGGAUUAAUUCAUCUUUUGCCCUCUUUUCAUGGACUUGCAGGUAAAGAUCCUCAUAAACAUUUAAAGGAAUUUCAUGUGGUGUGUUCAAGUAUGAAACCCACGGGGGUUACUGAAGAACAAAUCAAAUUGAGAGCCUUUCCUUUUUCUUUGAAGGAUUCAGCAAAGGACUGGCUAUAUGAAGAACAAAUCAAAUUGAGAGCCUUUCUUUUUUCUUUGAAGGAUUCAACAAAGGACUGGCUAUAUUAUCUACCUUCCGGGAGCAUCACCACAUGGAAUGAUUUGAAAACAAUGUUCCUUGAGAAAUACUUUCCAGCUUCAAGGGCGGCCAACAUCAGAAAAGAAAUUUGUGGUAUAAGGCAACACAAUGGAGAGUCACUUUAUGAAUAUUGGGAGCGUUUCAAGAAGUUUUGUGCAAGUUCCCCUCAUCACCAAAUCACUGAACAAUUGCUCAGUCAGUACUUUUAUGAAGGACUCUUUCCGACUGAUAGAAGCAUGAUUGAUGCUGCAAGUGGAGGUGCAUUAGUUGAUAAGACAUCGGAUGCUGCAAAGAAUCUAAUUGCAAACAUGGCAGCAAAUUCUCAACAGUUUGGCAAUAGACUUGUCCAACCAUCGAAGCAAAUGAAUGAGGUAAGUAUUUCCAAUCUUGAACAACAAGUGGCUGGUUUAACUACUCUUGUUCGUCAAUUACCUAUAGGAAAUAUGCAAACUGUGAAAGCUUGUGGAAUUUGCUCAGUAGUUGGGCACCAAACUGAUGCUUGCCCAACUCUUCAAGAAGAACCUAUUGAAUAUGUCAAGCAAGAAACACAACUAUUCCAACAAGAAACAAAUUCCAAUUUUCAAGAAACGAAAGCUAGCAUCCAGAACUUAGAAAGACAAAUGGGCCAACUAGCAACUACGGUAAGUCGGUUGGAGGCACAGAGUUCUGGCAAAUUACCCUCUCAAACGGUGGUCAAUCCUAGAGAAAAUGCAAGUGCAAUUGUUUUGAGAAGUGGUAAGGAAAUUGAAGGUCCUGCAAAUGUUACCCCAUCAGUAGACCAAGAAAAAGAGGAAACUAGCAACAACGAAAAUUCUCAAGGUAAGUUUCCUAAUCCUUCUGAUAAUAAACCAACUCCCCCAUUCCCUCAAGCUUUGUUAAAAUCUAAAAAAGAAGCGAAAGAUGUAGAGUUAUAUGAAACUUUCAAAAACUAUGAAGUAAAUAUUCCAUUACUUGAUGCAAUAAAACAAGUCCCUAGAUAUGCUAAAUUCUUAAAGGAGUUGUGUACAACAAAAAGGAAGCAAAAAUCAAAAAGAGGUGAGAAGGUGAUAAUGGGAAAGAAUGUCUCAACUGUGAUUCAAAGCAAGCUUCCUGAAAAAUGCAAGGAUCCAGGUAUGUUUACUAUUCCUUGUAUGAUAGGUGAUACUAGACUUGAGAAAGCCAUGCUAGACUUAGGAGCAUCUAUUAAUGUUAUGCCAUAUUCUGUGUAUGCUUCUUUAAAACUUGGACCUUUGAAUAAAACUAGUGUGGUUAUCCAAUUGGCUGAUAGAUCUAAUGCAUAUCCUAGGGGUGUUAUUGAAGAUGUAUUGUUGCAAGUUAAUAAUUUGAUAUUCCCUACUGAUUUCUAUGUGCUUGAUAUGGAAAAUAAUGAUCAUUCUGCUCCUAUUCUACUAGGAAGACCAUUUUUAAAAACUGCAAAAACAAAAAUUGAUAUUCAUAGUGGUACACUUACUAUGGAGUUUGAUGGUAAUAUUGUUACAUUCAAUAUUUAUGAUGCUAUGAAAUGCCCUAGUGAUGAUAACUCUGCUUAUUCUAUUGAUAUUCUUGAUUCAUUAGUUGAAGAAGUUUUUGAAUUUGAUGGUAAUGAUGAAUUGAAAGUUGUUAUUAGUGAACACCUUGAAAGGGGAAUAAUGAGUUUGCUUUGA